UUUCUGAAACACCAUGAUAAUUCCUCAGUAGUCUUGUCUUUUUAGACUCGUCAUUUAUCACAACCAUAUCGCAGCAUCGUGUAUUUCGACAGCGUCAAUGCCUCCUCGUAGGAGGCCACAGCCCGCUGCGGCCAGUCAGGCGCGAUCUGCGCAACCUUCUGAGUCUGCAGCUCCUUCUAGGAAAGGGUCUACUGACGCUUCUAGCAAGAGAAGACGUUCUAUUCAGUCGAAACCACCUACAAACCCAGCGCCGGCCGCGGAGAACGUUGAGCAGGAUGAUCGCGCGGAUGAGCCUUCAGGACCGACCUACCGUUAUAGAGAUCCCUUCGAUGCCCUUCUCGAACCGUUCUACUAUAACAAAUCACUUACGGACCCAAUCAACACUGCCAAGGAUAAAUGGAACCUGUUGCCGGCUUUCCUGAAGGUGAAAGGAUUGGUGAAGCAGCACAUUGACUCAUACAACUACUUUAUCGAAGUGCAACUGAAGAAGAUCGUCGAGUCCAGCUCUACUAUCCGUAGCGACAUCGAUCACACCUUUUAUAUCAAGUUUACAGAUAUCUACGUCGGCUCGCCGUGCCGUGCGGACGAGCCCCAGGAUGUCACGCCCGGUGCUACCCCGUCGGACGUUUCACCGCACGAGUGCCGCCUCCGUGAUACAACCUAUGCGGCCCCUAUUUUGGUCAAUUUUGAGUACAUUCGUGGGCGUCAGAGGGUUACUCGGAAAGGCGUGUCGAUUGGCAGAAUGCCAAUCAUGCUUCGAAGCUCAAAGUGUGUGUUGGCGAACAAGACCCCUUCGGAGAUGACGGUGUUGAACGAGUGCCCUCUGGACCCUGGUGGAUACUUCAUUGUCAACGGUACAGAGAAGGUUAUUCUCGUUCAGGAGCAGUUGAGCAAGAACAGAAUCAUCGUCGAAACCGAUCCGAAGAAGGAAAUUGUUCAGGCGUCCGUCACUAGUUCGUCCAACGAGCGUAAAUCCAAGAGUUAUAUUAUCCUCAAGAAGGACAAGCUCUACGUGAAGCACAACGUCCUCAGCGAAGACAUUCCCAUCGUCAUUCUUCUCAGAGCCAUGGGCAUUCACACGGAGCAGGAGAUGUUGCUUUUAGUUGCUGGUGUCGACAGCCUUUACCAGGAUGAUUUUGCCAUCAACUUCGAAGAAAGCAUCAAAUUGGGAAUAUACACUCAACAACAAGCGUUGGACUGGAUCGGUGCAAGGAUUAAGAUCAACCGGAAACAGUCGUCUUAUCGUCGAACUCACAUUCAAGAAGCCGUCGAGGCCAUCGCCUCUGUCAUCAUUUCCCACAUUGAAGUCAAGAAUAUGAACUUCCGGCCAAAGGCGGUAUACGUCGCUCACAUGGCGCGUCGAGUUCUGAUGGCCAAGAAUGACCCAUCUCUGGUUGAUGAUCGGGACUACCUCGGAAACAAACGUCUGGAAUUGGCUGGGCAGCUUCUUGCUCUUCUUUUUGAAGAUUUGUUCAAGAAAUUUUGCUUUGACAUCAAGAUGAACAUCGAUAAGGUGUUGAAUAAGCGCAACCGCGCUGAACAAUUCGAUGCGUGGACUGUCAUGAGUAUGCACAGCAACCAUAUCACUCAGGGCAUGAACCGUGCCAUCUCGACGGGUAACUGGAGUUUGAAACGUUUUCGCAUGGAGCGUGCCGGUGUUACCCAUGUUCUGAGUCGGCUUAGCUACAUCGCCGCGCUGGGUAUGAUGACCCGUAUCAGCAGUCAGUUCGAAAAGACCAGAAAAGUCAGUGGCCCCAGAGCUCUGCAGCCGUCUCAAUUUGGUAUGCUUUGUCCAGCAGAUACCCCUGAAGGUGAAGCCUGUGGUUUGGUAAAGAACUUGGCGCUCAUGACCCAUAUCACGACGAAUGAUGAGGAGGGUCCAAUUAAAAACCUCGUUUUUAUGCUCGGAGCUGAAGACAUUAUGGCCUUGGGUGCACUUACUCGUCGCCCUAAAUAUUUCCUCAACGCUUUCCGCAGAUUACGGCGCAUGGGUCGUAUCUCGGAGUUUGUCAGCAUUUACAUCAACCAUCACCAGUGUGCAGUGCAUAUCGCCACUGACGAUGGACGGAUUUGCAGACCUCUCAUCGUUGUUGAGAAUGGCAAGUCCCUCGUCACAGCCCGCCACUUGGAGAAACUGCGUGAUGGCACGAUGCAAUUCGAUGAUUUCUUGGCUCAGGGAUUGGUCGAAUACCUCGAUGUCAACGAGGAGAACGACUCCUUGAUCGCUCUUUAUGAGAAGGACAUUACAGAUACAACGACACAUUUGGAGAUCGAACCGUUUACGGUGCUUGGAGCCGUCGCUGGUUUGAUCCCGUACCCGCACCACAACCAAUCGCCCCGUAACACAUAUCAGUGUGCGAUGGGUAAACAAGCUAUUGGAGCCAUUGCGUCAAAUCAGUUCCUUCGUAUCGAUUCUAUCCUCUACCUCAUGGUGUACCCACAGAAGCCCAUGGUCAAAUCACGCACAAUUGAACUGGUCAAAUACGAUCAACUUCCCGCCGGUCAGAAUGCUAUGGUGGCGGUCAUGAGUUAUUCCGGUUACGAUAUUGAAGAUGCCCUGGUUUUGAACAAGGGUUCCGUCGAUCGUGGCUUCGGUCGUUGCCAAGUGUUCCGGAAGUACGUGACCAAUCUGAAGAGUUAUUCGAACGGUACAAAGGACAGACUCAAUCCCCCAACGUACGAGAAUGGUGCACCCAUCAGAAAGCAUGCACUACUUGAAGCAGAUGGUCUGGCUGCUGUCGGUGAACAGGUAAAUGCUGGCGAGGUCUAUAUCAACAAGAGCACACCCGAGCAGUCCAACCUAUCGGGAAUCGGCUCCGAUGCUGGCCGACCAGUUCAGUAUACACCGACGCCCAUGACUUACAAGCUUCACGACCCUGCAUACAUUGACAAGGUCAUGUAUUCCGUACAGGAGAACGAGAACCAACUCGUCAAGGUUCUUGUUCGCCAAACCCGUCGACCGGAAGUAGGUGACAAAUUCUCCUCUCGCCACGGUCAGAAGGGUGUCGUUGGUAUCAUAGCCGACCAGGCAGAUAUGCCGUUCACAGAUGCCGGUAUCAAUCCCGACAUCAUCAUGAACCCGCACGGUUUCCCCUCCCGUAUGACAGUGGGGAAAAUGCUGGAACUCGUCGCUGGAAAAGCCGGUGUGCUUGCCGGCCACCACGGUUACGGAACCUGCUUCGGCGGCACCCCCGUGGAGGAGGCCUCGCGGAUUCUGAUCGACCACGGCUUCAGUUACGGUGGCAAAGACUAUCUCACGUCCGGUAUCACCGGCGAAGCCCUUCCAUUCUACGUCUUCACCGGCCCCAUCUACUAUCAGAAGCUCAAGCACAUGGUGCAAGACAAGAUGCACUCGCGUGCGCGCGGACCUCGCGCAAUUCUGACCCGGCAGCCCACAGAAGGUCGUUCUCGAGACGGUGGUCUCCGUCUUGGAGAGAUGGAGCGUGAUUGUCUUAUCGCCUACGGAACCAGCCAACUGCUUCUUGAGCGUCUCAUGAUCUCCUCCGAUCGCCACGAGAUUGAUGUCUGCGAGCAGUGCGGCUUCAUGGGCUAUCUGAACUGGUGUCAGCGGUGCAAGUCCUCGCGGAGCGUCGUGAAGAUGACGAUCCCCUACGCGGCCAAGCUUCUCAUUCAGGAAUUGAUGAGUAUGAACGUGACUGCUCGCCUGAAGCUCGAUGAUGAGUUCCCCGAGUGGAAGGGAACUUAGUAAUGACCUCCUCUCACUGUCUCUCGUUGAAACCGUCUUGCACGGCUUUGGUAUCAGCUUUUGUACAAAAAGGAAAAGUUUCAUGUGUUUGAUGUUUGAUGUCCACGAAAAAGUGCGUUGUCGGUCGUUUGGCGCUCGAGGUCAUUUGAUUAUGUACUCAUCUACCGCGUACAUGUAGUUUGCAUGCAUAGCGCACGGCGAUUUGGUUUUCAUUAGAUACUGUUAUCAUAGCAUUUGGAUAGAAAUGGUCUUUGCAG